GUUCAAUCGAUUAACACGCCUGGUGGUAGUGUUGCAGUUGGUGCCACUAUUACAAUCACCUGGCAAUAUACCCAGCAAACGAAUCCACUCCCAGGCACUUUGUCUGUUGUCGACAGCGUAACCAAAAAUACAACCAUAAUUAGCAAAACAAUAGUUCUCUCUACUAAAAAUUACCAAUGGACGGUCAAUGUCCCACCAGCCACUUAUUACCUUGCUCUUAACGAUGGGUCUGGUGAUAAGGACACGGCAGGUUUCCAAGUCUUUAGUCCUGGUGGUAAUACUUCCUCUGCUCCUUCUACUCCUUCUGGCUCUACUCCAGCUUCGGGUCCAGGUACAACUAGUUCUUCCGGCUCCUCCGGUUCCUCCGGUUCUUCUCCUAGCCCUACCAAAGCUAAUGCUGCUCCGCCUAAAAUAGGCUUUACUGGAUCAGACAAACUUCUAUUUAGCUUUAUUGUAGUGGCGGCAGCAAUGAUGCACUUUAUCUAA